AUGGAGGAAGGGUCCCCUGGAGUGCUUCCUAAGCACUUGAGGCAUUUUAAGAGGUCUCGAAUUGUUAAUGAUGGCGAUCUGGAGUGUGCUAUGGAGGAUGAUGGUGUUCCUUCUUCGAUUUUUGACUCUAGGUUGCAAUCGAAGUCGAAUUUGAAAGUUGGUACUGAAAGCUUCCGAGAUAAAUUGAUGAAUAAAGUGAAUCUGAUUAAGAACGUGGGUAUUGAUGUGAAUUCCUUAGAUGCUGAGUAUGCUGAGCUUAAUGAUAAGGAUGAUGUUGUGCUUUCAAGAGGUGAUCGUGGGCCGAGUAUCCAGUUCUCAGAGCGUGCUAUGAAUCGUCUUUGUAAGCCUUGGCAAAAUGCAUUGAUCAUCAAGUUAGUUGGGAGGUUACACACCUACAAUUACCUUCAUGAUCGUCUGCAACAGAAAUGGAGUUUGAAUGGAGGAUGGAAGCUGGUGGACUUGGUGAAUGAGUAUUUUGUUGUUACAUUUGAGGUGGAGGAAGAUCUGAAUUAUGUGUUGACUGAAGGGCCUUGGAUCAUAGCUAGGCAGUAUCUCACUAUGCAGAAAUGGAGGUCAGGUUUUUGUCCUUCCACUGCUAGUAUUACGAGAAUGGCAGUUUGGAUUAGGGUCUCUGCCAUUCAAUUGGAAUGUUUUGAUGUUUGGGCUUUAAAGAGAAUUGGAAAUCUCUUAGGCAAGCUGUUGAAGAUUGAUGCUCAUACCACUUCACAAAAUAGAGGUAAGUUUGCCAGACUUUGUGUUGAGUUGGAUUUGACUAAACCCCUUGAAGCUUUUGUGCAAAUUAACCAAGUUUGGUAUAAUAUUGAGUAUGAGGGGCUUCCUGAGAUUUGUUAUAAUUGUGGUCUCUAUGGUCACAAAAGGGAAAAUUGCUUAUUGAAUGCUAAUUCUAAUCCUGAUAAGGCAAGGAGUUCUCAGGAUGAUGAGGUUUCGGGGGAUGAUGCUGCUAUGAGUAAGGAGGACAAUUUUAUCAAUAAAGAAGGGUUGCGUGGGCCUUGGAUGAAUGUGCCUCCUAGGAGAAGGCCCAAGGUUAGUGGUAAUGGGGAUAAUGGUCAGGGUUUGGAAAUAGGAACCAAGGAUCUCGUUUUGCUGCUCUCAGAGAGGCAACCUCCUUUGGGACAAGUUUUUGAUUCUUUGAUUGGUCCAAAGGUGUGGACUAAAUCUAAGGGGCACAAAGCUAUUAAUAAGUCUGCUUUGAAGGACAUUUCUAAUCAAUCUCGAGUUAUGGCCCCUCCUUCUAUGAAGAAGAAUCAGGCUGUGAUUAGGCCUAGUAAGGAAGUUUCAAGUGUUCUUAGCUCUAAAGGGAAAUUUGCUUUCUCUGUCAAGCAGGGAGGUAAUUCUAGUUCAGUUAAUGAGCAUAUGGCUAGUUGGGAGUCUGGACAACAUCUGCAAAAAGAUAAAAAUGUCUAUAUUUUUGGUCAUCAACCCCCUAGUAUUAUUGAUCCUUGUGAUGAGGCUGAGGGCAGUGAUUCUGGUGUUGAUGAGGAUUCAAUGGCUCUUUCCGUUACUGAAGAAGAGUGUCCAAUUACGACUAUGGAUUUGUCUGAGGGACAAGUGAGUGAUCCUAAUGAGAAGUUGGUUAAUAAUGUCUUCGCUCCUAAGGGAGGCAUGGCCGUUGAUUUUUAA